AUGGAUGUUGGCAUGAUUAAAACAUCAUCAUCAGGAGAUCAGAUGGACAUGAUGACAAUGAUGAUGCACAUGGAUCAUAAUCAACUCUAUGACUCCUUCACCCCCAACACAACUAAUUCCACACUUGCACCAGAACUAAUUCAAUUCUCCAACACCAUUUCAAACCCUAUUUUUCACAACCCAACAACAAAUGUAUUCCUAGGCAACCCAGUUGGAGAUCAAGAACAAAUUACCCAACCCACAAACAAAUUCAAACACUCGAUUUUCGUGAACCCGAAUCCGAACCCGUUUAUGUCAUCUUCUUCUUCUUCCUCAGUGGAGAAGAUCAAGAAUAACUCAAUGGCAGCAAUGAGAGAGAUGAUAUUCCGGAUGGCGGCAAUGCAGCCGAUCCAUAUAGACCCGGAAUCGGUUAAGCCACCAAAGAGAAGGAAUGUGAAGAUAUCAAAGGAUCCACAAAGUGUGGCAGCGAGGCAUAGGAGGGAAAGGAUAAGUGAGAAGAUAAGGAUUCUUCAGAGACUUGUCCCUGGUGGGACUAAGAUGGAUACGGCUUCGAUGCUGGAUGAGGCUAUACAUUAUGUUAAGUUCUUGAAGAAACAAGUCCAGUCUUUGGAACAAGCCGGGGUUAAUAGGCCUAUUACAGGUCAUGUUGUUGGGUUCUCGGGUGCAACUUCCUUGGCUGCUAAUUUGGGUUAUUCGUCUUUGUUCAGGGGUUGCAGCAAUCAACAGCCGGGUCAUCUGGCGAGUUCAAUGCAGAUGCUUAGAUGA